UGUCACUCGAGGCGCUGUUGUUAUUGUCCUUGUAGUGAUAUGGAAGGAGGCUUCCGGCCAACCCGACAAAAGUGCAGGCUUGUUUCUCUUUACCAUCAUUGAAAUUCAACACAAUAACUAGGCGAGGUGAGAAUACAACCAAAUUAAAACUUUGAUAGAUUAUUAUUUUGUUUUGAAAAAUCCUGGUCCAGAAUUUUAACAUCAUUUUGAAUCUGUCUGGACGGGGCAUAGCCAUGAAAGGUCGGGUUACCAUAUCCGGUGGUAAAAUGAACAUCGUCCCCAAAAAGCACAUGCUUCGCUGACGUUACAUUUUAACACGUUCAAACAGCUGUAACCGAGUCGUCCAGUGAACUAGUGUAAAACAUCUAAUCACCCACAGACUUGACCAUGGAGGGUGAUAUACUCCACGCUAAAAAGGCAGAGAUUAUGCAUAAGCCCAAACUGUCCGGCCCCGAGUCUGGCCCGACGAAGGAGAAUUUGAUCCAGUCCAUCAUCAGGACGGUAACGCAACCUUUAUCCACGAUGAUGGAGUCCUCCAGCGUACACGCCCAGCGCAGAGAAUUGUCAGAGAAGACUUGCUUCGUCCCGAACGGUGUGAUUGUCCACAUCACGGCCGGGGCGUGCCCGCCCACUGCACCCCCGUGUCGGGACCCAGUAGGUGAGUCGUCCAACAUGGACGAGAUGGACUCGAAAGAUGAAAAGCAAGAAGACGAAGCAUGCGAAGAUGACGAGGAGGAGUGCGAAGACGACGAGGAGGAGGAAUGUGACGAAGAGGAAGGUUCAGAGGAGGAAGAUGAGGAGGAGUGUGAAGAUGAAGAAGUUGAAGAAGAGUGUGAAGAGACCGAGGAGCCAGUGUCGAGGCCGGCACCUCCCCCUCCAGUCACUCCCCCUAAGAUCGAGGAGGACGAAUGCGAGGAAUGCCCUAUCCAAGAGAGCGCCACCGACGAGUUUUGCAAAGAGCUUCCCGAUAACGAGGAUAAGUUUCCAGAGGGCAGUCCGUGCGUAGAGAUACCUCAGUGGGAGAGAAAGAAGAAAAACAAAGUGAUCGAAGGAGAAUGCAUCGCUGAAGACGAACUGAAAAUGAUAUGUAAAAAAUACAGAGCCUACGACAAAAGGCCAGCGUGGAAGGAGAGCUCAAAGGACAAAAAGAAACCCGUUUGCACAUGUGAACCCGAUGAAGAAGAGGAGGAAGAGAUGCCCGAUGUCUGCUCCAUGGAAAAAAAGUUCAAAGACCCACUAGCUGAGUGCGAUGACUCCGACGCAGAGGCCGAGGAGCAGGGCGCAGAAGAGGUUGCGGUGGAGGAGGAGGAGGAAGAAGAGGAGCCCUUGUUUUUCGACGAGGAUCAAAAUAGCUGCCCGAAAUGCAAAGGUUUGGUUGUGCCCCCUUGUGAAGCAGUAGAAAAACCCCAAGAAAACGUCUGCAGUGAAGACGUGCCCUAUUUUUCACCCACUCAGCAUUCUGUCCCUUGGAAUAAGGAGCCCAGGCCCCCAGCGAAACCAAUACAAAAAAUUCCACCAAAAACGGUAACCGUCUCCGGAUCCUACUAUGGGGAGCCGAAACAGAAGAAAAGAAUAGAUGUGCAGGCACAGAAGAAACAAACCUCCAGUCACACCAACAUCUAUGCCAGUGAAGGAGUGUUCGACAAGGUACAGCCACUCACUGAAACAAAUAACGAGAGUCUCAAGAGAAAAGGGGUCAAGCAUAUCUCUCGAAAAUCUGACCGCCUUGCCGACCCGUACUUUGGCCCCUACAAAUCUCCCAAUUACAACAACAACUACAAUGUCGGCGGCGUGCACGAAUAUUCCAGCGAGUACACCGGAAGCCACGUCAUUGAACACAGCGACAGUGAAAGUAGUGCCUACACCACGUACGUUAGGACAGCCCCGUCUACGGAGGAGGCCAGCGGCGGGUUCUGGCACGGCAGCUACGAUGGCGUCUCGGUGGUGGCUCGACGUGAUGAUAGUUCAGAUGACAAACACGUCUACGCGAAGGGAGCUGACGUUGCCAGAGCGAGCGUCGGAUUUGUUGACAGUGAGGACGCAGUUGAGUACUCCAAAGAGGCAACACGCGUGGAAGACAACGCAGCAGAAUAUUCAACCGAGCCAGAGUACUCUGACUUUACUGUGUCAGAUACAAAUAACCAACACUGCCUCCGUGGUAAUGACAUCGAUGAAGCGAUGAAUGUUAUGUCGCCCUACACCGCCAACGCCAUCAUCGCAAACUCUGGCAAGUACAACGGUUACGAGAUUGCGUGCAUCGGGGAUGAGGAUAUUUAUUUCGAAAAAGGUGAUGAGAUCGAAAGCUUAUCUGAUGCCAGCUACUGUAGCUCGAAUGAAAAGUCCCCCAAGAUUGAGCAAGUGUUUAAACAAGAUGGUCAGAAUAUCCUGGCAGGGAUCAAAAGUGAAGAGUCCCCCGAUUGCGCAUCGUGUGCAUCGAGUAUCAGCGACCGGGACUCCUCGCCGGACGGGAGGUAUAGAUCGCCGCAUAGAGUCCGUGCUUCAAACUCGGAACGAUUCAUCAUUGAAUCCCUGGAAGACUGCGAGGACGAAUCGGAUAUAGAGGCCAUGCUGAUCCCUAAAGUGUCCAGCAUGUCUGCCCUCGCGGACCAACCCGAUGACAACAUCACGCCACUAUCGAUCAAACUAGCGUCGUUCACCUCGAGCCCAAUUGAGAACUUUAAGCGGCUGUUUACCACGUUCACCAAAAAAGCCCUGGGUAUAGAGGACGACUACGCGCCAAAAACAGAGAGUCGCCGAGAAAGUGUCCGAAAGGAACAUCUAUUGAGAGAUGGAGAGAAACGGAGCAUAAAGAGGGACCACUCUAGGAGUGUGACAAUCACCCCGGAGACAUAUGGUCCAGAGAUAACGAUCGUUAAUGAUACACCACCAGCCCCUGCUGCAGAUGCCGUAGGCUCAGAAUCAACCAGUCAACCAACUGUUCCUUCCAAGGACGCGGUUGAAAAUUCCAACGAGGAUAAGUCCCCUGCAAGCAGAGAUGAAGAAAAAGAUAACCCAUUGAACUUUCAGAAUGUACUUAGCCGCAUUGUGGAUGCUUUCAAACCGUCUGAACCAAGGACCUAUAACGGCCCUUACCGAGAAGGAACGAGGCAGUUCAAACGAGCUGCCAGUACGUCACCUGGCAGAACCAAAAAGAGCAAUGCCCAAAAGAAAAAUAAAACACCUAAAAAUCCAAAAAUCUUAUCGGAAUGCACAAAUAAUGAAUCUCCAAGAAAAGUUGCCAGUGUUGUUCCAAGAAAAGUCGUGGAGGUUGACCAAUCCUUCGAAAGGGCCAUCGUUCCCAGAAAAGCCCCGGAGGUUGAGCAAGUCAUCGAAAGAGCCAUCGUUCCCAGAAAAGCCCUGGAGGUUGAACAAGUCAUUGAAAGAGCCAUCGUUCCCAAAAAAGCCAUGGAGGUUGAACAGGUCAUCGAAAGAGCCAUUGUUCCAAGAAAAGUUGUGUCCCCGGUUUCGUCGGUGAUAGCGCUGCAAGAAAAGGAAACGCACCCAAAAGAGAUGAAAAGUAGUGAAGUCGCAGUGAGUGAAAGAAAAGAACUCGCCAAAAACCAACCUAAAGGCCGGAAUUUUACUUUCGGAUUCUUUCAUAACACACGAGUGCCCAAAAAGGAAGAGAAAAUUACAAAGAAUACAUCGCUGGCCUUUCGUGCAUUGAAGAGCAAGAGCGACAAAAUGUUGACGGCAAAUGAUGAACCAGAAGUGAGAGUUCUGCCUUUUCUAUCUAGGAAUAAUAAGAGGACUGGAACCCAACGAGAACAAACCAUUUCGAAGCCAACGUUUGAAAACAAAGCACGUGUGACAAGUACUGACAUAGAGCUUCCACAAGAAUCAUCAAUUACGAAGAAAGACUCCCCCGUGAUGAAACAGCUCGGUAAAGAUAAUGAAAUGUUCUCGGAUAUCAAAAAGUUUAUCGAGAGCCACACUGGCCUGCUUGAAAACAACAGUCAAGAGGGCAAGCCGAAAAUAAACGGUCAGCUUGAAUUGAAGAAGGAUAAAAAAGAUCCCGGAAGUCGACCUGGACAUUUCACAAGGAAGUCGCUCAAGCCGAAUAACUCUAGAGAAAAUGCCACACCGAAUACUUACAAAUGGAAGAGUUCAAGAAAAAUUGAACAGUAUGUCGUCUUGGCCAAUGGACAUAAAUUAAACGAAUAUAAGAGAGCGAAGAGAAUAAAGAGUCAACAGAACCCUCCAUUGCCACCCGAUUGUGACAUUGACAGCUUCCAUGAACGAAUCAUUGCCAUAGAAAUGUGUGAAUCUGCCAAUAGGAAGCGGCAGAGGGUGCAAAAUGUCAGCUACAUGCCACAUUUGCUGUCAAACAGCGCAGAUUUAACUGGGGAUGGAGAUGUCAGCAUUAUGCCACACCUGAUGUCAAACAGCAUCAAUUUAACGGACAAUGAAAAUGUGAGAUUCGUGCCACAGUUGCUGUCGAACAGCACGAAUUGGACAGGCGAUGGACUUGUCAGCUGUGUGCCACAGUUGAUGUCAAACAGCACGAUUUUAACGGGCGAUGGAAAUAUUGGGUAUGCCCCGCAGUCACUGUCAAAUAAUACAAAUUUAACGGGUGUUGGAACAGUCGGGUACGCCCCACGGACAAUGUCAAACUGCACCAAUUUAUCGGGAGACGGGGGCCAGUCCACGGAAAUCGCAAACCAAAGUGGACAGUCCCAAGUUGGAAUCUGGUAUCCUGAUGUUCCGGUCAACAUUGUCAAGACCCAGGAGCUGUACCGGAACAUGAAGCAGACCAACUCCUUGAUGGACGAAAUCGUUACACUAACCAAGCAAGGACAGAUCGCCACGGCCAUUCAGAGAUUCCGUUCCCAGGAGCAGUCGGUGCGGAAUUCGAGCUCGUGUGAGGAAAAUGACUCGGACAGCUCGUCGAGCCUGGAGAACAGCUUCGUGAGUGACGAUGACGUCAGGGCGACGAAAGGAGCGUAUUUGCCUUACAUGGAUUGUGAAGACCGGGACGUUGGCGACAGCGAGGCGUUUCUCUCUCCGAACACAACCUUUUUCGACCAGAUCGAUGUUAUUCUACAGGGGAACGACAACAUCAAUGACAACAAAGGCACGGAGUCUAUAGGGGACAUUGCCUCGGGGCAAUGCAGCGGGAACACCGAUGAAAAACUAAAAUCUGUCAUCCAUCAUAAUAUUGAAAAGGCUGGCAUGUGUCAUGGUCUUGCCAUAAAGUACCCCAAAACUUUCGAUUUUACCAACAGAGCUAAACCGUCGGAAGUUGAGCAGUGCAAUUUCAGCCACGAGCUAACAGACAGAGACGGAGAGGCCAGCAAUAACGUGAGAUCUAGGCAUUCCGUCAGUCCGAGUCCCUCUCCCAGGGCGAUGCCAUUUCAAAGCCACUUAGGGGCCGGGGGCAAAGCUGUGAAAAGAAAACGCGACGGCGCCAUGCCUUACACAACAAGUAGGACGAGAAUGUCCCCACAUUCCUCUCGCUUAGAUCGCUCCACCAGCAGCAAGGGAAGCAACUCCCACGUUCGCAGACACGCUUCCGGAGACAGAUCGCAGAGUGCCUGUAAGCCGAAACCACGACAGCGCAGUCCGAGUGCGCAUACAGUCUCCGAGGCGGUGGACCUACAGAAUGGCAGUGGCUUUAACAGGGCCACCAGUAAAAACAGCACGUCGGAGAGCACUAGUGCACAGCCCGGGGCAGCCGAACCUGCAGGGGAGAGGCCCAGGCUCACAUCGGAUGACACACUUUCAAGCAGUGUUACCGAGGACACGCAUAGAACAAACACGGAUACAAACAAACCUUCGAAAAAUGAUAAAUCCUCCGGCAGUUGGAAAAACAUGACCCGUUGGAGGCCCCCUGAUGAUAUGGACACAGAGCCUGAUGUUCAGUCGGUCUCCAAGCAACAAGAGGCCGAGGUACAGCUGAUGGAUAUGUUGAAAAAAAAUCCUAACUCUUCCAACGUUGAGCUGGCCUCACAAAUACGAGAUAAAAUACCGCCAAAGAAUCUGAAGUACGUUGAAGCCAGACCCAGGUGGAGAAGCCCCCGCGGUGAAUUACGUCACCAGGCUAACUCUAGCAAAAUGAAGGUGGGUAGCAAGUCGUUGAAGGGCAAGGACGUCAAACAAAAAAAGGCUACGCCCCAGAAGGGAAAGCAGUCCCCAUCUCGCAGUCAAACUUCAAAUUACUCUACCAGGAGGCACACGGACACCAUCGUCACGAACUACGACAGCAACAAGUUUCGUGCCAUGUUACAAGAGCCGAAACGCCAAGAGCCCCAAUCUCAAGAAAACAAGCUAACACAAGGCGGUGGCCAAGAGGGUCCUCAGCACAUCACGCCGCAAGAAAGUAAACACCCAAGCAAUACACACCAAGAUUCUAAACACGCGCACAAUGCAGCUGUGGAUGCCAGGCAACUGCAUGGUGCGCUAAAUGACACCAGGCAGUUUGGAGGUGCACACCAGGAAGGAAAACUUUUGAAUGGAGCAUACCAAGAGAACAGGCAGCCCACGGCGACCAAUGACGAAGUGAAGGAGAAACCUGUCAAAACCGAAGAGAAGAAAUCUGAAGACAAAAAACGCCAACCUGUCAGGUAUUCAACGGUCAAUUACAGCCCAGCAAAAGAUAAAAUCGCUGCGAGAACCACAGGAAAGGACAAAUCUCAAGGGGAGGCUAAGAAACGAGACAAAAAGUCCCCUCACAACGACACGCGGGUAAGAGCGAAAAGUCCCAUUCGAGGAAAAGGAUAUAGCAAGUCGGAGCAUUUCAUGAAAAAUCGCGUUCCUGGGACAAUCUCCCCCGUUUCCGAAGCCGGUGUAGGCAGCACAAGGCCUCAGUCAAUAGGAUCCAAGUUCCGAGCCCUGGUGCCGGACAAGGUCACGGCAACCCGCAGCCAGGCGGCAGCUAUAAAAGAAACCACGUCACGUGCUUCAAUUUUAAAACCCAAAAAGGAAGAGCGCCAAAAACCGAACACCAAAAAGCCAGACCAGAAGAAAGUUAAAAGCGAGGUGGACAAGGCAGUUACUAAGACGUCCCCAAAGCAGCACGAACAGAUGAGAGAAAUCGAGGAUCAGAAAUCCACAGAGCCCACAUCAAAAGCCUACGACAUCCCGCCUUCCAUUUUGAACGAGGGGGGUACACUUUUGGACACAGCGUCCCGGGUGUGGAAAACCAAAAGAGAAUCGGCUGAAGACGCCAAAGGAAAGGAGCCUUACCUUCACCAAUUCAGAUCCUACACACCAAGCCCUACAUUAGUUAAGCCUAAACACAGCUUUCACAAAAUAGAAACGCCUUACUUUGGCACCAAAGCCAGACGGUCAGAUUCGGAGCUAAGUGCCAGCGGGAGUGGAGACUUUUUUCAGUCCAGAGCUGGGAACGUAGAAAGACAUCGCGUUUCUAGUCCCACGUCGUAUCAAUAUUCAUCCGCGCCACAGAGAGAGGACAGCUGGUUUCCUGGGUAUGUUAGGCGAGAUUCUCCAAAAGCACAGAGCAACUCCUACGGCACGGAGUCUUACAGAAGCCAACCUUCCGAAAAAGUAUAUGCUUCCGAGGACUCUUACUACAGCUCCCCCAACGAGUAUUCGUCCAGACGAAACACAGAUAGCAUGUACUCGAGGCCGCAAGAUGACACAGAUUAUUCCACGUACGCUGAUUUCAGGCAAAAGCUUUCCCACCACGCCGUCAGCAACAGUAACCUUUCAAAUAUCUCGUCUGCGGUGAGAUCGAACUACGCCGCGGCACAACCCAAGCCAAAACCCAGGGAGCCGCCUCAGCAGACGGUUGUCAAAAAUUCAAAAUCGUAUGGGGCGCCUACUCAACUCUCGAAAGAGUCGAAAGAGUCGAAAGAGCCAACAAAGAAGUCAACAAAGGCACCGACUCCCGAAGCGCUGUCCCCGAGUUUUUUACCUCAAGAGGAGACACCGACCGAACAUUCCUAUUCAGCGCCAGAGCCCGAAAAGAAACCAUCAACAUCGGACGGAUCCUCUUUCCAGUUGGGAAUGCUGUCCAGAUUGUUCAGCACAUUCACCCGUCAAAGCGCACCCCCGGCUCAAACGCCCUCACCCGAACGGAGCAGCAUUAAAGAAAGAUCCGGGGGCGCGGGCAAGAAGAUGUCGGAAAACCGUAACUCGUCCAACAAAGGUAACGCUAACAGAAACAACAUCCGGGGUCUGAAGGGGAAGAGAUCAAAUGCUGAAGCGAUUUAUCUCCAGGAGGUCCACGUACCAAAGGUCGACACGAUGGUAUUUCAAACAGAAACGCUGAUGAAUUUCAAUUCAAACGCCACCGUGAGUUAUCUCAAAAGAAAUGACGAGAGCGUUGCCGAGGAAUCGCCAGUAGUUUACCCCGAUGAACUGGUGGACAACAAAGGUGAAAACACUACCACGGCUCUUCUGGUGGACUACACGGGAAAUACCAAUUCCAACGCGGAAACCAGGAAGAGGAGAAGGGAUGAUUGCUUAAAUCAAAGCAUGUCAGAAAUCGGAAACAAUUACGAUGACGUGGAGUUCGAUCGCUUUGAGGAGGCGAGGCGAAGAGACCCCGAACAACCGAUCUACCGUGUGAACAAAUGCCUCGCUCGGCUGGCAGUCUGCGCCGAGUCCAGUGCGGACGCCAGCAGCACUCUCAACACUUUGCUGGAGUGGAACAUAGUACUCCUCAUUGUCAUCUUUGUACUAUUUAUAGGACUCCUUGUGCCCGGCUCUUUACAUAACAUCAUCACGUGCCCCAUCCCUUCCAUGAGCAACGCGAUUCACGCACACUUCCUGGAGCCCCUGGGCCUAGACUUGAUCAUUGCCCGGUGGAUAGAACCAACGAAAAAUUCGUUCUGGCAGUUUCAGUUUGGAGCCAAAGAGCCGACAAAGGGCAUUUUCUACUCCUUCCUGUACCAGGUCAUAGUGGUUUCGGUGCGCAUCAUUUUGUACGUGAUGAUCUACAUCCUCAUACCGAUCCUGUCCGUGCCUUUCUUAAUAAUCGGCCCCGUCAUCAGCGCCUUGACCAACGCCACCUCGUGCACCGUGAACACCAUCUGGAACACCAUCUACGCCACGUUUGGCAACAGCCUGGACUACUUGCUGUCGUCAUCCUCGAGCUACGGGUCGGACAAGGAGUUCUCUGACAUGAAGUCGUAUCCUAACUACGCCGCAGCGUCCAGCAAUGAGGCCAAUGACGCAAGGGACUACGGAGAUGUGACGAAAAACCUACACAGCCUCCGGAAGCACGGCAGCUUCCUGUUCUACUUUGGAUUCGAUCAGACCAGCGACAAGUGCACAUAUUCCUUCGUCAAGGCCACCUACCUUUGGCUUACCGGUCAAUUCCCGAAGGAAUGCUUGUAAAGUCGCCUCCAGCACUAAACCUUUCAAAGUGUGUGCAUUAUUCUGUGGGCAAUCGUGUGCGUUGUUAAGUGUGUAAGUCGACGUCGGUGUGUUACAAAACAUCUGUUAAAUUUCGCGUAGAAACUUGCUCUAACGUCUGUGAUAGUACGCAGCCAACAAAUGAGCUUCUUGCAGGAUUGCAUGUGGUCAUGCAACGCAUUAACACACUCCUGCGAGCCUCAGUAAAUUUAAGCUUGUCAAUAUGCUUGUCAAUAUGCUUGUCAAUAUGCUUGUCAAUAUGCUUGUCAAUACGCUUGUCAAUAUGCUUGUCAAUAUCCUUUUCAGACAUGCAUUUACAAAAUGUAAUCUUUCCCAUAAAAUAACAUAGCUGUGGCUGUAAGCUGUGGCUGUUGAUUCAGCUAAAACUCGUCCAAUGGUAAUUAUAAGAUGCACACAUGAUUAAGAGAGUCGAAUGAUUACGAUCAACUAAGAAAUUCUCCCAUGAAUAAUAACGAUGAAAUAUGUUUCAAAUAUGCGGUUAAGAUAAAAGCUAAAAAUUAGCUUAAUAUCAUCAAUGCUACAACAAAUUGUCCCAAUGAUCAAUAACGUAUAGUUUAUGUUAAUCUGCAGGCACGUGACUGCAACCAAAUGUAUAGUAUGGAGGUAGCUAGCAAAUGAAUAUACGAACAAAAUUAUUUCAUUUGAUCACGAAUUUGGCAACAUUAUUCUUGUUGACUAAUGUGAAGGAUAAGAUCAAAGGGAACAAAAAAGUCAAUCGUUCAAAGACAUAUCUAUAAGUCUGAGCUGUUGUGGCAGAAAAGCCAUAAAAAUCAACUGAACGAAAAAAUCUGUCAGUCUUUUGAACGGCAUUUUAACCUCCUGACAGUCAAAAGGUAUACAUUUAAGUAUGAAAAAUGAUAAGCCAAGGGGACAUGUACGAAUAUAAGAACUGACUGUCCAAAGGGACAUAUACAAAUUUAAGAAAUGAAUGCUCUUUACUGCUGUGGCCUAUAAUGACGGAAAGAGUUUUAAAAAAAUAUGCAUUAAUUGCACAAUGAUGAAGUUCAAAGUGAAUUGUGUACACUGAUGUUGGGAUAAAGCAGUUAGGCAAUGUUUACCUUGAUUAGAAGUGCAUUUUACGAAAGUAAAACAA